AUGCUGCGGCCAGAGCCCUCCCCAGGGCUUGGGGGCCGGGGUCGCCAGCCUGGCCUCCUGUCUGUGCUCCUGGCUCUCCUUGGCAUCGCCUGGGCAGAGGUGCGACUGCCCCAGCUUCAGGAGCCUGGAGCCCUGAGCAAGAAGGAGAGUUUCUUGCUCCUGUCCCUGCACAAUCGCCUGCGCAGCCAGGUCCACCCCCCUGCAGCCAACAUGCAGAGAAUGGACUGGAGCGAGAGCCUGGCCCAACUGGCUCAAGCCAGGGCGGCCCUCUGUGGCACCCCAGCCCCAAGCCUGGUGGCCGCCCUGCAUCACACCCCACAAGUGGGCUGGAACGUGCAGGUGCUGCCUGUGGGCUUGGUGGCCUUUGACGAAGUGGUCAACCUGUGGUUCGCCGAGGGGCAGCGGUACAGCCACACUGCAGCUGAGUGUGCCCACAAUGCCACCUGCACCCACUACACUCAGCUCGUGUGGGCCACCUCGAGCCAGCUGGGUUGUGGGCGGCAUCUGUGCUCCGUGGGCCAAACAGCGAUGGAAGCAUUUGUCUGUGCCUACUCCCCCGGAGGCAACUGGGAGGUAAACGGGAAGACAAUCAUCCCCUAUAAGAAGGGUGCCUGGUGUUCGCUCUGCACGGCCAGCGUGUCGGGCUGCUUCAAAGCCUGGGACCAUGCAGGAGGCCUCUGUGAGGUCCCCAGGAACCCAUGUCGCAUGAGCUGCCGGAACCAUGGACUUCUCAAUGUCAGCACCUGCCACUGCCGCUGUCCCCCUGGCUACACGGGCAGAUAUUGCCAAGUGCGGUGCAGCGUCCGGUGCGUGCACGGCCACUUCCGGGAGGAGGAGUGCUCCUGCGUCUGCGAUGUUGGCUAUGGGGGAGCCCAGUGUGCCACCAAGGUGCACUUUCCCUUCCACACCUGUGACCUAAAGAUUGACGGAGACUGCUUCAUGGUGUCUUCAGAGGCAGACACAUAUUACGGAGCCAAGAUGACAUGCCAGAGAAAGGGCGGGGUGCUUGCCCGGAUCGAGAGCCAGAAAGUGCAGGACAUCCUCGCCUUCUACCUGGACCGCCUGGAGACCACCAACGAGGUGACUGACAGUGACUUUGAGACCAGGAACUUCUGGAUUGGGCUCACCUAUAAGACAUCCAAGGACUCCUUCCGCUGGACUACUGGGGAGUACCAGUCCUUCACCAGCUUUGCCUUCGGGCAGCCUGACAACCAGGGGUUUGGCAACUGUGUGGAGCUGCAGGCAUCAGCCGCCUUCAACUGGAACGACCAACGCUGUAAAACCCGAAACCGUUACAUCUGUCAGUUUGCUCAGGAGCACAUUUCCCAGUGGGACUCAGGGCCCUGAGGCCUAGCCAGGCAGCUCUCCUCCAGCCCCUGGAUGCGCCAGCCCUGCUUGCUUUUCUGCCCACCUUCUGGAACAAUGGCCAGGCUAGGACCACAUGCCCAACAUCCAAAGCAUCUCAGACCUUAUACAUACAGGAAGCUGGACAGAGGGCGGCAGCGAGGCCAGUGGGGGAUGGCAAGGAAUGCUAGAGGACCUGGGGCCCCUUAGCCUGCUUUUGAUUGGGAAUAUGGGCUUCAAUUAGGCACCCGAGCAUAAGACAGAGCCGGCAGUCAGACUGCUCUCCUCCAUAUGGGCCAAACCCCCUGGGGCAGCUGGCGCUUUCCCGCUGGAUGCACCCACAAAGGAUUAAACUAAGUUAUGAAUCAA